AAUGAAUAUGAAACACUUUCAGUCAUGCAAUGGGCUUACAUUUCAGAAUGGAACGUAUUCCGCAUCAUCGUUGAUCUCUAUUUGGCUGGAACUGACACAACAGCUAAUACUUUGAGAUGGUCCCUGGUUCAUAUGGUAAAUCAUCCGGAUGCUCAGAAGAGGGUGCAACAGGAAAUUGAUCAGGUAAUAGGUCAAGGUCGUGUUGCCAAGAUGGAGGACAAGGACAGGAUGCCAUUCACAGAAGCAACCGUACUGGAGGUCUUUCGUUUGUCCACCGUUGUCCCUCUUGGAGUUCCCCAUGCCACCAGUGAAGCAACCAACUUGGCAGGAUACACUUUUCCCAAGGGAACGGUAAUACUGGGAGAUUUGUACCGGGUUCUCCACGAUAAGAAUAACUUCGAAGAUCCUUACAAGUUCAAACCAGAAAGAUGGCUGGAUGGCGACGGUAAAGUGGUCAAGUCGGACAAACUGAUACCGUUUUCUAUGGGACCCCGUAUUUGCCUGGGCAAGGGACUGGCGGAAAUGGAAUCGUUCAUUUUCUUCACCACGUUGCUUCAGAAUUUUACCUUCAAGGUACCAGAAGGCGAGAAACCACCCGAUGGAGUGGAAGGCCUCAACGCGUUCACUUUCACGCCAUACCCCUACAACGUGUGCGCUGUUAGACGCUAGAACGGAGAUACACUGUACCUUACU